AUGCCAUUCAACAGCGUAUUGGUGGCGUCAACGGCGAACAUAUCGGCGGCGGUUUGGCAGCGGCUGGCGUGCCUGUCGGAGCGGAUAAGCAGCCAAGAGCUUCUGGAUUUGGUGCUCUGUUUCCCUCUGCAGCAGAUCGGCCGAUGGGCGCUUUUCGUCUGGACUUAUCUCUGCGUCUCUCCGUACCCUUACGACCACCGCUACUACGAUUCCGAUCACGACUCCGACGGCGGCGCCUCAUCUUCUUCUUCUUCUGGUACUCGCCGCUAUCGUUAUUAUUAUUACGAUAAUUUCGCCCAUUCUGAAUAA